AUGAGAUCAGCCAUUCGAUUUGUUGUUCCCUUAAUAGCUGUGUUGGUCGUGUUCAGCCUUACUCAUUGCUGCUUGGUGAGCUCUCAAUCGGUACCAAGCCAUUCUCUCUAUGAGAGUCCUGGAAAAAGUACGAAGAGUACUCUAGAAAAAGGUGCCAUUGAUUACUACCUUGUAAAUGUCUCGUCAUGGAAUAUCGGAGUGAACGAUUUCUUGGUGUUUGGUUUGAAUUCCCUUUCUGGAGAUGUUGAUUUGUGGAUCUCCACGACUCAAUUUCCUACCUCCUCCGAUUGUAAUGGCUGCAUUAAUACUGAUGUUGCAGGCUAUAGCGAUUCAAGGCUCAUUUACAGAAACGAUGGUGCAAAUUGGCCAGCUUCCAAUGUGUUCUAUGUGGGCGUGGUGGCUUCUUUCAGGAAGAGCUCUUACAGCUUUGCAUCAUGGUCCUCAAAUGUCCAAGUGGCUCUCGAAUCCAAUGUAGCUCUUUUAGGACAGUCUCCAAAAGGACGAGACAAUUACUUUGUUUACGAAAUCCCUCAAGGAGCGAGUCACAUCACCAUUACGGUUACUGCACAAACCUCUUCCUCAGAUCCUGAUCUAUAUCUCUCAGCUUCAAAUCCCAGACCCAAUGCGACUCACAAUGACUGGACAUGUGCAGAUUAUGGCUUUGAUUCCGUUUUGAUUCAUGUAGAGCCUGGACUUACUCACAUUUACAUUAAUGUGAAUGCAUUCACAGACGCUAUCUAUUCAAUUUUGGUUCGUCUGAACGAUGAUGCUGUGCAACUCUCUGAAGGAAUGCUCAUGGACGAUUUGCUUAAUGAGGGCGAAUUGGACAUCUUUUAUUAUGAAAAUUUGCAUUCUCAAAAUAUUGUUAUUGAAACUUUGGAAGUGAACUCAGAGGGUGAAAGCAAGCUCUAUAUUCGGUAUGGACAGCCACCAACUAAUACAGAGUUUGACCAAGUAAUUUCACUCGAAGGAAAUGAUUACUUUACAAUUAAGAAUGCAAGCGUGGGCACAUAUUAUUUUGGGAUUUAUGGAUUGGUUAAUGGAACAGGUUAUAAAGUUUGGUGCUACACGGAGGAUCCCAAUCAAAUUCUAGUCAGUGAAAAUAAUGCUAUCGGUGGUGUGUUAUCAUCGAGCAGCAACUUUGUUUUCAAGUUUGAGAGCAGAGACUUUACACAAGGAAUCAUUGCCAAAGUGGAAGCAAUUGAGCAACCCAUUCGCAUGUAUUACGCUCAACAUUCGCGACCAACAAGUUUCAAAUAUGUGAGAACAAUCACUGCUAGUUCGGGAAAUUCAGCAAUGCUUUACUUGGCUCCACCAUCUCCAACUCCCUACUUGUACUUUUCAUUGUACGGAGAAGGAAAAUUCAAGUUUGAAAUUACUACCAACCACACCACAACAGAGCUGUUCGACGGAAUCGAGAUGGAUAUGGAAUGGGUUCCAAGAGGUUAUUACAGAUACUACAUGUUCAAGGCAGACAAAUUCCCAAAUCAAGCCAUCACUAUCACAGCAAAUCCUUAUCGAUAUAGUGAUGUGGAUCUUUUUGUCUCGACCACUGAGCCACACCCAAGCGAGUCAAGCCACCAAUGGGAAGGAGAAGAGAGAGGAGUCGACACGGUUUACAUUCCUGCAAAAGCCAGUGAGGCAAAAGGCAAUGUUUUUUACAUUUCAGUUUUUGCCUAUGACACAGACUGCUAUUUUAGCCUUGUGGCUUCAUAUGCUGGAGAGCAUCGUGUUUUAAAGCUCGAUGAGUCUAUUUCAUCCACUGUUGCAGAGGAGUCGUACUCGUAUUUCACGCUUGAGAUUGCUAGACCUGGAAAGGUUCUCAUCAACUUACAAUUGCCCAAUAGUGGCGAUCAAGCUGAUUUAUAUUACAGUACCACUGUCACAACUCCCAACAAAUACAAUUAUGAAGGCAAGGGAAGUAAUUUGGGCGGCUCUGUCUUGAACAUUGAUGACGUUCAGCCAGGAACAAUCUAUGUUAGCGUACACGGAGUUUUAUCUACCAGCAUUAACAAAUUGAUUCCUUUCAAGAUGGUCGCCUCAAAUUCGUACCUGUAUACCUAUCCAAACGGGGAUGCAAUUCCAAUGGUUGCCAAGAAGGGCACAAUCAGCGUCUUUAAGGCCUCCAUCACCAAUAGUCUGCGAAUUUUGAUUGCGUCUGCUUCUCUUGUGAAGGGUAAGACAAUCAUGUAUGUCACGAACAAUGACUGGGCUGGCAAUUCCACCUACUACACUUGGAAAGAUUCCAACGCAGCUGGAAACAGCGUUGUUAUUAAGAAAAGUGAUCCAAAAUUCUCUCUAGGAACCUGGACCAUUGUGGUUGAGAGUCUAGAAGAUUCAGAAUACCAUUUAAGCUUGGCAUCUAAUAUCGGUGCCAAUGUUUUGGAAAAUAUCAAUACCAUUGGAAGAACUCCAUCGGAUGGCAACAUGGACAGUUUGAUUUAUAAUUUCUGGCUACCUUUUAAAACAGAGCAAAGCAAGGCUGAUAUUGUCAUUAGAAUAUCAGAACUUGAAGGAAAAGUCAACAUUUAUGCCAAUCAAAAUAUGCAACAAGAUCCCUCUCCAACAUCCUUCAAAUGGAAAUCUGAAACAAAUGGAGCACAAACCAGAGAGCUUGUCAUUAGAAAGGACGAGCUAAAUAUCCAGAAUGCAAUUUAUGUUCUUGUUCAAGGUGAAGUAGGAAAGAGCUCAUUGUACUCGAUUACGUUUGCUAAAUAUACACCCUCUCAAGAUAACAUGGUAGGUAUUGUAGUGGGAGUGAUUCUUGGAGUAGCCAUGCUUGGAGUCGUAAUUGCCCUUGCAGCUGGCCUGGUGUUGUACUUUAGAAAGAGAAAGCAAGCAGCUGUUAACUACAACAAGUUUGAUCAAGAGAAUCAGAAUGCGCCUGAAGGAAGCAGUUCUGUUUAUUAUAAGGUUGAUAAUACUCUUUAA